AUGGGCGAUCCGGCACAACCGGCAAUAGGCCCAGCCGCCACGACUUCUCCAAAGUCCCCCAGAUCCCCGAAGAGCCCGGGUUCCUCGGUUGAGACGAAUCAGCCUGCGGGUGAGACUCUGCUGGUCGCCGACGAUAACCUCGAAGAAUUCGACGGCGAUGGCGAUUCGGCUUACGGAGUAGCGGAGAAUGAGCGACUUGAUGUUCAGCAUGAUCUUUUUCUCUUGACAUUUGAUGGAAGGCUCCAUGUCGCGAACCUAGACACGGAGCCGCACCGGGUUCUAGAUGCCGGCUGCGGCACGGGCAUUUGGAGCAUCGAGUUUGCCGAUAAACACCCCGAGUCGCAUGUUACGGGUAUUGACUUGAGCCCCAUUCAGCCUUCCUUUGUCCCUCCCAACGUGACCUUUUUCGUUGAUGACCUCGAGGAUGACUGGAACUUUUCCAGCAACUUUGACUUUAUCUUUGCACGUUUCUGCACUGGGUCUAUCGUCGACUGGCCGAGGUUCUUCAAGCAGAGUUUCAGCUUCCUCAACCCUGGUGGCGUCAUCGAGCUCCAAGAUAUCAUUUAUCCAAUGUGCUCUGAUGAUGGGACACUAACUCAAGAUACACCCCUGAAGAGGUGGUCUGACAUGCUCAACGACGCGUUUGCGGGGAUGGGACGAGGUAUGGAUUCCGCCAAGGCAUACCCGAAGCAGCUUGCCGAGGCCGGGUUCGUUGAUAUUGAGGUGGUACGGGAGAAAUGGCCGACCAACCACUGGCCGAAAGAUAAGAAAUACAAGCAAAUCGGUAUUUGGAAUACGGAGAACAUCCUCAACGCUCUUGGUGCGCUGAGUCUCGCCAUCUUCACUAGGCCCAAGGAGGAAAGCGGACUUGGUUGGAGUGUAGCAGAACUUGAGGUUUUGUUAGCUGGCGUCCGCAAGGACAUGAGAGACACAAGAAUCCAUGGCUAUUGGCAAAUCUCUCUCCAUCUCAUCAUUUGGACGCGUGACAACUACACUGCAGCUGCCGAAUCUAAUUGCCGCUGCGCAUCAGCGACGAUGAGGCUCAAGAAGAUCGAUUUCCGGGACGUUCAGGCCGAUUUGGACCUGGGCGUGCCUGUCAAGUUCAACUCUUCGUUCCACACUGCCGACGAAGCCCCCGACUUGCCCAUCCCCUCGGAACUGCCAUCCUCCUUUCGACGCUGGUUGCCCCUCAUCCUGCGGUCGAGGAACAUCGAAGAGAGAGACCUCCAAAUAGUGCGGUUCACUCCCGCCAUGACUCGCCUCCUCGUUGAUGCUUCCAGCGCAUCCAUCCACACUCGUGUUCUCAAUAAGGCGCUCGCUGAGGACCUGGAGGAAGAGGUGGGACCUGCUUUCGAAGUGCCCGGGCGAGCCGCGGUGCAUUCUUACGAGGACAUCGUUUUACAGCUCACGACAUCGUCGCGUGCUCGGAUCACAAUGACAAACUACUUGAGGAAACGCCUUGACGAGCCUCUAGAGUUGUACUUCCUCCCUUUCGACGAGCGGAUGAAGACUGAAAUGGAAUACAGAGUUUUCUGUGCCCCUGAGACACUGGACAUUUGUGCAAUUAGCCAGUACCAGUGGCAUAAGCCGUGGCGAUUCGGAAAGAAGACCGACCGUGAAAUGGAGAUCAUCGCUGAGAGAAUCCUAGCUGGAGCAAGAGAGAUACGGCUGCAGAUACUGAGCGAUCUUCGAGGGCCUAGUGAUGAGCUCGACGACAUGCUUCGUCGGCAAGGGGUGACCUUUGAUGUCUGGUAUGAUGAUGCGCGUGAUAAGGUGGAACUAGUGGAGCUCAACACAUUUGGUGUGAGGAGCGCUUGCGGUGCUUGUCUUUUUCAUUGGGUGAAGGAUAGAGAUGUCAUGUACGGAGUUGGCGAUGGAGAGGUUGAGUUCCGUGUCGUUAUAUGA